GUGUGUGUGUGUGUGUCUCUCUCUCUCUCUCACAUAAGCACACGCAUAAUCACAUUCCAAUUCCACAGUAUUUGCAAUCCACUGUCUAACUGUCGACGAAGGGGAAAGGAAAGAUUGAGAUCAGAAAAAUGUGGAAGCUGAAGAUAGCAGAACGGGAGGGACCAUGGUUGACAACAACUAACAAUCAUGUGGGACGGCAACACUGGGAAUUCGAUCAUGAAGCUGGAAAUCCACAGGAACGUGAUCAAGUUGAAAGAUAUCGUGAUGAAUUUACCAAGAAUCGUUUCCAAAUCAAACAGAGUGCUGAUCUCUUUAUGCGUAUGCAACUUAGAAAGGAGAAUCCAUGUGGAGCUAUUCCAGCAGCUAUCAAAGUGAAAGAAACAGAAGAUAUAACAGAGGAAGCAGUGACCACCACUCUGAGAAGAGCCAUAAGCUUCUAUUCAACCAUUCAGGCCCAUGAUGGCCACUGGCCUGCUGAAUCUGCUGGCCCAUUGUUUUUCCUUCCUCCUUUGGUUAUAGCUCUUUAUGUGACAGGAGCAGUCAACGAGAUUCUGUCACCAGAACACCAGAAGGAGAUCAUUCGCUACAUAUGCAAUCACCAGAAUGAAGAUGGAGGGUGGGGAAUACACAUAGAGGGGCACAGCACCAUUUUUGGUUCGUGCCUAAGCUAUAUAUGUUUGAGGUUGCUGGGACAAGGAGGAGCAGAAGAUCAUGUGAAAGAAGGUGGUGGUGGUAUGGCCAUGGUGGUGGCUAGAGGUCGCAAAUGGAUCCUUGACCAUGGUGGUGCUGUUGGUAUCCCUUCAUGGGGAAAGUUCUGGCUUACGGUUCUUGGGGUGUAUGAGUGGGAAGGCUGCAACCCCAUGCCACCGGAGUUCUGGUUGCUCCCUAAGUUCUUUCCUAUCCAUCCAGGCAAAAUGUUAUGUUAUUGUCGCUUGGUAUACAUGCCCAUGUCAUAUUUAUAUGGAAGGAGGUUUGUCGGUCCAAUCACGACAAUGGUUCGAUCUUUAAGACAGGAGCUCUAUACCGAGCCUUAUCAUCAAAUUAACUGGAAUAAAGCCCGAAACACUUGUGCAAAGGAGGAUCUCUACUACCCACAUCCUCUAGUACAAGAUAUGGUUUGGGGAGUCCUCCACCACUUUGCCGAGCCAGUGCUAAUGCAUUGGCCUUUCUCUAAACUGAGAGAGAAGGCUCUGGGAAUCGCCAUGGAACACGUACACUACGAAGAUGAGAACAGUAGAUACCUUUGCAUUGGAUGUGUAGAGAAGGUUUUAUGCUUGAUUGCUUGUUAUGUGGAAGAUCCAUACUCAGAAGCAUACAAGCGUCACCUAGCUCGGAUCCCAGAUUAUUUUUGGCUAGCUGAAGAUGGCAUGAAGAUGCAGAGUUUUGGCUGCCAAAUGUGGGAUGCAGCAUUCGCUAAUCAAGCAAUCAUCGCUAGUGAUCUUGUUGAUGAGUUUGCCACCACCCUUAGGAAAGGGCAUGACUUUGUCAAAGCUUCACAGGUCCAAGAAAACCCUUCUGGGGACUUUGAAAGUAUGUACCGACACACUUCAAAAGGGGCAUGGACAUUUUCAAUGCAAGAUCAUGGUUGGCAAGUCUCAGAUUGCACGGCAGAAGGAUUGAAGUGUGCACUUCUAUUCUCCCAAAUGUCACCUAGACUCGUUGGAGAAAAGAUGGAAACUAAUCAUUUAUAUGAUGCUGUCAAUGUUAUUCUUUCCCUACAAAGUAGCAAUGGUGGUUUCCCAGCUUGGGAGCCUCAGAGAGCCUUUAGCUGGUUGGAGAAGUUCAACCCUACUGAAUUUUUCGAAGAUGUUCUUAUUGAGAGAGAGUAUGUAGAAUGCACAGCAUCGGCAAUCCAGGGCCUGGUACUAUUUAGACAGUUACAUCCUGGACACCGCACAAAGGAGAUAGAUAGCUGCAUCACUAGAGCUAUAAAAUAUAUCGAAGAAACUCAAAAUCCUGAUGGUUCGUGGUACGGCUGUUGGGGCAUUUGUUAUACCUACGGCGCAUGGUUUGCAGUUGAAGGGUUGGUAGCUUGUGGAAGAAAGUACCAUAACUGUCCCACAUUGCGGAAAGCUUGCAAAUUUUUGAUAUCAAAGCAGCUGCCUGAUGGCGGAUGGGGAGAGAGCUAUCUUUCAAGCGCAAAUAAGGUGUAUACAAAUCUAGAUGGCAACAAGUCGAAUUUGGUACAGACAGCAUGGGCUCUAUUGUCCCUCAUUGAUGCUGGGCAGGCUGAAGUUGAUCCAACGCCUAUACACCGUGGAAUUAGGUUAUUGAUAAAUUCGCAAAUGGAAGAUGGUGAUUUCCCUCAACAGGGAGUCACUACGGGAGUAUUCAUGAAAAACUGUACUCUGAACUACUCGUCGUAUCGAAAUAUCUUCCCAAUAUGGGCUCUUAGUGAAUAUCGCCGUCGUGUUCUGUAUGCAUAAUUGUCUACAUGCCCAGAGGACAUGCAGGAAAUAUACCGAGCAAAACUUGAUAGCUAAAAGGCCAUGCCCUGUUUGUCAUCUCAAAAAAAAAAAAACCAUGCCCUAGCGUUUCUUGUCAUGUAUGUAUGUUACUAUGUUUCUCCGGACGUUGUUUUUAUGUAACUAAUAUACUUGAUUGAAAAACUUGUAUUAUGAUAUACAAUUCUUCCUAUUUUACUGCUUCACUGGUAUAUUGUUAAUU